ACGUGCAGGCCCAGAAACCGAACCUUCUGACCGGCGGUGCAGCGUCCAAGCUCUGAGAGUAAUACCAGAGUCGAAGGUAUGGGAGCAGCGGACAUGUGUGGACAAGGAAGCGUGUUCGCACUACCAUCAAGGUACGAGCACCGAUAUAUUCUUCUAUCCUCGAGACCACUGCGACAUCUUGCGACAUUUCACUUUCUCGUACGGCUUCAAACCUCCCGCUACGCUUCCUAUCACCCUUUUCACUACACCUCUUUUCCCUCUAUUACGUCGUCAACAUGUCUGGGUGGGGUUUGGGUUGGUUCGGCGGCGGCAACCAGAAGACGAAAGACGCGCCCAAGAAGGCUAUUCUUCAACUGAGGGGGCAGUUGGAGAUGUUAACAAAGCGAGAGAAACAUUUGCAAAACCAAAUGGACGAACAAGACAGCCUGGCACGGAAACAUGUAUCUACAAAUAAAGCCGCGGCUAAGGCGGCUCUGCGACGGAAGAAGCAGUUCGAGCAUUCACUAGAGCAAACGAGCUCGCAAAUCAUGACCCUCGAGCGUGAGAUCUACAGCAUUGAGACCGCAAACAUCAACAAGGAGACUCUGGAUGCUAUGAAGAAUGCCGGAAAGGCCAUGCAACAAAUUCACGCAGGCUUGUCGAUCGACAAGGUCGACAAUGUCAUGGAAGAUCUCCGCGAACAGCAUGCUAUCGGCGAGGAGAUCAGCGAGGCGAUAACGCAAGGCGUCAGCACGACCGGAAUCGACGACAUGGAACUCGAAGACGAACUCGCAGAAUUGCAACAAGAGCAACUCGACGAACAAAUGCUCAACACCGGCAGCGUGCCAGUCGGCGACAAAGUGGGCCAACUGCCGAGCGCUCCGCAGACCGUCACGAAGAACAAGGCAUCGGUUGAGGAUGAUGAAGAGGAGGAGCUGCGGAAGCUACAAGCAGAGAUGGCCAUGUGAGCGUCUCCCCAUUUAUGAUGUUAUGGCCGCGGUUCGAAGCAACCUUUUCGACAUAUAAUAUGAGAUAUCCGCUGCGUGACGACAUCGUACUACGUCAACAGUGUCUUCUACAAAUGCGCCAGAGGAGGAUCUUUCUCAGUCGAUGAGCGCACACGUUACAAAGUUGUUCAUCUGCAUGGCGCAUGGACCGAAGAUAACUGUUGACGGAGGUGGAACGAAUCGUAGCGAG